UGAGAGAUCACAUGCUCACUCCAGUUCUCCUUUUACAGGGUUGAUUAAAAGUCUUUUUCUCUUUGGUCACAAUGCAGUUGUUUGGACCUCUGAUCCUUUUUAUGACUCUGUCUGCAGUGUGUGGAUUGAGAUGCCACCAUUGUACAUCAGGCGAAUCCUGCACAGAGCAGUUAACUUGUCCUCCCAUCUUUGAGCGUUGCACCUCCUUUGUGUUGCACGGUGUUGUCACUAAGGGCUGCAUGCUCAGUAAUUUAUGUAUUGACCCCAUAAAGUGCUGUGCCACGGACUUGUGUAACAGCGAUGAGCCAGCUAUUGACAUCCCCAAACCCACUGGUUCCAGCAAUAUACCCACUGGUUCCAGUGUCCUUCUCCUGCUGGUGUCCUCGAGCAUCGUCACACUCUUUCUCUGAGGCUCUGGAGCAGCCACAGCGUAAGAAUACUGGUCUUCUCUCAAUAAUAACCAAAUUAGCAAAUUGUAAAGCUGUAAAUGAAUGUUGGUUCAAUAAAAGCACAAUAUAAUAGA